AUAAAACUAAAAAAAAUUAGUUUUUUUUGUCUCAAAAUUAUAGUGAAUUUUCAAUUUAUCCUUAAUAGUAUUAAUGAAGUGAUUGAAUAGAUUUGUGAAUUGGUUAGUUGUGAGAGUAAAGAAAGGAAAAAAAUCAUUUAAUGUUAUCUCGCAAAAUGGGACAGGCCUUAUUAAAAAGAAUGGAGAAAUCAUAUUUCAACUCCAAGUAUCUUAUAAAUAGGAAUGGAAGUAGUAUAUUUUAAAAGGGUAUGGAUAUUUUGGAUAAUCAACCAAAUAUCGGGAGUGUUUUUGAAAACUUGUGAAAGGCACCAUAUAUCGCCGGAAACUUCAUGAAGGUGACAAGGAAGAUUGCUUCGGAGGCUUCUUGCAGCAUCGACAGUUUUCCUGAUGAGGUCAUUGUAAUAGUUCUUUCCUAUUUAACAAUUUGUGAAGCCGCACGUACCAGUGUCCUUUCUCAUAGAUGGAGAUAUUUAUAGAGGUUCGCUUCUCGUAAUUUGGCUUUUGAUUUUGCUGGGAGUGAUGCAGCUACUGGGGGAAAUGAUGCUUCUUUGAUUUCUUCGGUGACCAAAGUUAUGGCAUUGCAUCGCUGUUCAAACAUAGAUAAGUUGAGCAUUCGCCUGAACCUCCGCUUGCCUAACGUCACUGAUCUUGUGAUAUGUGAUUGGAUUCAAUUUGCUGUGCAAAGACAAGUGAGAGUUCUUGAACUGGAAGCUUCUGGUGAUAUUUCUUUGACGGAGACUAUGGGCCAUUAUAAGCGCCGCUUCAUGCCUCCGUUCAAUACCCCUGAUUUGUCUUCCUGCGGUUAUAAUUUCCCUGUUUUGGGGAAGUUGUUAACGUUUCCCCUCACUAACACAAGUUGCUUUGCUUCCUUAACAUCCUUGAAGCUUGUUAAUUUUAACAUUGACGACGAGACGAUGGAUUACAUUUUAUCCAAUUGUUCAUUUCUUGAACGAUUGUAUUUAAAAGGUGGAACAGGUUUGAGGAACCUGAGUGUUGUUAACUCUCCCUUCCUCAAGUACUUGACUUUAGGUUCUUGUUGGGAUUUGAAAGCAUUGAAGAUUUCGGGUGCAAAACUUGUGUAUUUUGAGUACAAAGGAUAUCGUGACCAUCCUAGAUGGAUGAUAGACUUUUGCUUUGAAAAUGUCCCUCUCUUGUCUGAGGUUAUCAUGGACACAAGUUAUUUCAUGUCUUUUCUGCACAGAAAGGAAGUGCAUGAAGUGUAUUCAAAUCAAUUGGAGAAGGUGGCCAUGCAUAUUUCUCGUCCGGUUAGAAUGACCAUCUCUUUUUCUUUCUUUUUGUUAUUAUAUUUGUGAAGUAUGUAUCAUUGUUAACCAUUUCAAUUAUGUUUUGCUUUGAUCAGGAAGAGAUUCCUGUUGAGGGUCUUUCUCAUAUUGCUAAGGUUCUCCUCCCUCCCCCAUGAGGAGUCUCAAACAGCUUGAUAUUUUUAUUGGCACGACCCCCCGCACAAGUCUAAUACUUUUUGUGGGGUUUCUUAAAGCAUGUCCUUUCUUGUCUUCCUUAUUCUUCCAGGUACUUGCUUCCAGGUACAUGUACCAUGUAAAUAUAUUUGAGCUUUUGGUUGUCGUCCCUCUAUAUAAAUCUUUCCAUCCAAGUGGCAUGGCAUUUUCUUUGCCUUUUAACUCUGUGUUUAGCAAGCCUUAUGCAAAUUUCCUCAAUUCCCGCCUCGCAUUUUGUUGUGUAUGCUUAAAUUUCCUCAAUACUCGUUUGAGUCAUUGCAUGUCACGUUCAGCUGCUUGGAGUGGGAAGACUUACGGAUCCUAGGAGACAAAUUCAGAUUCUUCAUUGCUUGUUGCAAGAAAAUCAAAUCAAGUGGGAACAACAGCCAGGGAAUAUUGCUCAACGAGAAAAGGUCCAGCAGCUUCAUUCCCAACUAGAAGACACUAUGGUUUUGCAAGCGGAGUACUGGCGCCAGCGAGCUAAAUUCUGUUGGCCCAUUCAAGGCGACAAGGAGGUGUGGUCAUAAAUGGAUCACUGAGCUACAAAGCUCACAAGGUACGUGGUUAUAUAAUCCGGAACAGAUUAUAGCUGCUGUUUUACAGCACUUCAAGCAGGUGUAUGUCUGACCCGGAUAUCUAUCCUGAGGACGGCAGUUGUGAGUACGACUUGCAAGGAACAUUACAGCGUGUUGAUAAAGUCCUGAAUUCUAAGCAGCAUUCUUUUUUAUGUACGACAUUCUCAGAGGCUGAAGUUGUGGCAGGCCAUUAAGCAAAUGGCCCCUAAUCGAUUCAUAGGAGUGGAGAACACACAAACUCAAUCUAACAGUACAUCAUCCAUAUGUCGUUGAAUUAAGAUUUAACCAAAGACUAUGGCUCCAAUAUCAGGAAAAAAAAAAUCAAGA